AUGAGGAAUCUCGUUAGCCAAUUAUUCACUCACCAGCAAAUUUCAACAACACUCCCCAAAGCUAAAGAGGCGCAGAAGUUUGCAGAGAAGCUCAUCACUAAGGGCAAGAAGGGUACCGUAGUUUCCGAGAAGCUAGCAAAUUCAUUUCUUAUUUCUUCUUCCACUCAAAACCCUUUCGAUUCUCUCAAAAAUGAACUUGUAGAGCGCUAUAAGGAUAGGAAUGGUGGAUAUACGCGUAUUCACUUGUUAGGCAACAGACAGGGCGAUAACGCGCCAAAGGCUGUGCUCGAAUUAGUUGACAACCCCAGAGACAUUAAGCGAGAAAUGCUCGUAAGAACUGUUGCGAGAGAGUCACUUCUCAGAAGAACACAAUGGUCUCCAUCGAAAUCAAAAAUCCUUCGCCAAAUAACCCAAACCAACCUCAACAAAGUUUUCACUUGUCUCAACCACCAACAACAGCAAACAUUCCACCAAAAUGUUCUCAAUCACCAGGAUAAACUCCUUGCUGAGUCCAAUCUUGGUUUGAGUCAAGUUGACAGCGAAAACAAACCUCAAUCAAACACCCUCACUUGGCCUAGGAAGGGCAAACUCGUUUACGCAGGUGAACGCACUUCGGGUAUGAGUAAACGUGAGGGCUCUCCAAUCAGUAUUAGCAAAGGUAUGUUCAGGAAGACGGAAAAGGCCCCGACGAACAAGCUUGUCGCAGGGUGGUUGUAG